CCUCUCUUUCUGAGAUUCAGUCAACUUUGCAGAGGCAAGAACGCCUGCAGGAUCAGAUACAGGAGAAGAUUCCUGGCACUGAAAUCCAUCACACUCGUACUGGACGCUAUUGUAAUUCGGCUGGGCUCAGCCGAAGGACAGAUGGCUCUAUUCAAUGAUACGGGACUCUGCCACGCUUAGAUUGGACUCUACUGGCUCUUCACUGGACUUGAUUUUUGAAUGGACAUCAUAGAGGUUUCCCCUGGACUGCACUGGCUUAGCAACUUUUAGCGUCUGUGCUGAGAUCUACUUACGUGGCAACAGCACUGAGUUUACUGAUGAAAGCAGGUUGACUGAUACACUGUAGGUACAGCUAGGUAAUGUUAAAUCUGGGUUUUGCAAUCUUAUAUCUACCUUAAAAGCAAAGUCAACAUGGCAAGCUUAUUUAUUUGCUUUGUCAAAAUUUAAAAAGCAUAAAAGGCUUGUGUUAGCAAGUUGCACCUUGACAGUAGUAAGUGAGUUUAGCUCAGGUAGUGUGGAUCGGCAGCUGCAUCGGUCACAUAGGUUAAUAGUUAGGCUUUUGUUAGGUUGUUUCUGUGGGAUGUCCAUUUGAAUACUCGCCCAAUUUUAGCUUUGUGUCUUGCUGGAGGAUGCAAAAGGUCAAAAAGAGCAGCAACAGCAGCUGGAGCAGAAUGAGUCUCCUGUGUUGUCUGGGGCUACUGGCGGUCUGUCUGGUUCCUGGAAGCCGAGGUCAGAGGCUGAAGGAGACAGACAGGGACCACGCAGCUGGCGCUUCUCAGCUGGCAGAGAGUGAUGCAGUCUGCCACCAGGAGGGAUGCUAUGCCAUCUUCCUCCAAAGGAGAAUCUUUCGGGAAGCUGGGCGGAGCUGCCGGGAGCGAGGUGGGACCCUGGCAACAAUGCAUAACCAGGAGGCAGCGGGUGUGGUCCAUAAACUUCUGUCGGAUCUCGAGGCACAGGGGGCAAGACAGAGGCUACGCCUCUGGAUUGGGCUGCACAGACCACCACGCCAGUGCUCAUCCACUCGACCACUCCGGGGAUUCGUCUGGGUCACAGGAGACCAGGAUGGUCAAUACACCAACUGGAUCCGUGAAGAGUCCCCAGGCACUUGUGCAGCCCCUCGCUGUGUAGCGAUGACAGUUUACACUACUGAGAGUGGACGUGAGAGUGAAGACAACUUCGGGUGGGUAGAUGGCUCCUGUGGCUUGGCAUUAGAUGGAUAUGUUUGUCAGUACAACUACAAAGGAAUGUGUGCACCGCUGGAGGAUGAGGGUCAAGGGCCAGCUGUCUAUACCACUCCAUUUCACCUAGUCAGCACCCUGCUCACUCAUAUACCCCGUGGGUCAGUCGCCACUCUGCCAUGCCCUCCAAGCAGCGUCACAACAGAUGCUCCUGCUGAGCAGACCAUAGUAUGCAUGGAACGAGAUGAUGAGACAGUGGGCUGGUCCAGGGAUGGGCCACUAUGUUCAUCUGACCCAGCCCUACACAACCAGGACUGGUGUAGCGGAGACCAUGGCUGUGAGCACCAUUGCCAGAACACAGAUACAGACUACUACUGUUACUGUUCUGAGGGGUUCACACUAGCAGAUGAUGGUUACAGCUGCAAGCCCGACCCCUUGGACCAAACGGACACACCUCGUCUAUCCUCCGAUGCUGCAAGCCCCACUGACCAGCCCCACAUAAACCCUGCCUGUGUGGAGAUGGGGUGCGAGUAUAACUGCAUUAAGACACUUCGAGGCAUCCGUUGCUUAUGCCCCCCAGGCUACCAAAUGGGUCCAGAUGGGCGCAGAUGUUCUGAUGUAGAUGAAUGUCAACAACAACCAUGUCCCGAACUCUGUGUUAACACUCCAGGUACUUUUCACUGCACCUGUCACCCAGGGUACCAGCCUGACGAUGAGGGCGAGUGUGUGGACGUGGAUGAGUGCCUUGAUGAAGGCAGCUGUGAAGGUGCUUGUGAAAACACAAUUGGAUCAUUUAGAUGCCUGUGUAACCCCGGUUAUAAACGGGGCAAGGGAGGUGAAUGCUUAGAUAUUGAUGAGUGUGAAGGAGGGUCACCUUGUCAACAGGUGUGUUUCAACCUGAUGGGAGCGUAUCAGUGUUUCUGUGACAAUGGCUAUGACCUGCAGUCAGAUGGAGUGUCCUGUCUGCCUUUACCCGAUGAUGAAGAAUAUUCCACUUUAAUGCCUGAUCCAAGUGACUCUGCCCAGGUACUUGAUUUAUACCCAAAUCCCAACCAUGAUAUUCCCUGGUCCACCUCAUUCACCCCUGACAUGAACUUUGAAGAUGAGAUUAUCUUCGAUGGUGAUGAACUGACUGCAACUCCUGGGGCACUGUCCCCUGACAUGCCACCACCUCACGGAUCAGAUAAUCACCUCAACCAAUGGGAUUUUGUGCCACCAAGACAGUAUCAGACAGCUCCUUCUCCAACACAAAAAGUCAGCUCAAGCAACGAAAUUGGUAAUGAGGCUGAAGCUAAAGCAGAUGUGAGAGAAGAUAGUGAUGGAGCGGUAGUCGAGACUACAAAUGGGUCAGGGCACACCACUGAUACCAAGAAGAGACUGGGGAAGGGGACUGAGAUGAAUAGCACAGAUGAAGUCAGCGGUGCAGCGGAGACUGUGGCCGGAUCUGCUGCAGGUAAACAGAAGCACGACAAGAGCUGGCUGCUGGUGGCACUGCUGGUUCCUCUGUGUGUGUUCCUCGUAGUGAUGCUGGCUCUGGGGAUUGUCUACUGCACCAGCUGUGCCGUUGACAAGAGCCUGAGCUUCUCAGAAUGCUAUCGCUGGAUACUCCCUACAACACCCGCUGACAGAAGGGACGGCAAAGCCCAAGCAUGAACUCUAAAAUAAACAAACACAGCUGCACUCACACACACAAGCACAUUCAAGCUGACCAUCCAGAUGUUCAUUAAAAUUCCUCUUGUGAUGCAGAAAUGGUCACUAACCCUCCAAAUUGGAUAGUGCACAGCUGAUCACUCAUUGCAGGAAAGCUUAUACCUUCUCAUGUUUGUAAAUACUUCUUAUCGUAUUUUUACAUUUCAAUAAAAACAAUAAACUGAA